CUCAGGUUUCAUGAUCGCUUGCACUCUAUCCCAAUCCCGGAGAGUUGCCCUCAUAGAACCUCCAAUUACCUGGCUAUCAGGGGCGGACUGACAACUCAUGGGGCCCCCGGGCAAUAGGGGAUCAUGGGGCCCCUGUGUCCUUGCCCAAACUCAAAAAAGCCUAUGAAAAGGUACCAGGGGCAUCUCAUGGGGCCCCCUACUGACCCCGGGCCCUCGGGCAGUGCCCGAGUUUCCAAAUGGUCAGUCUGCCCCUGCUGG